CUUACAAAACAACCCUCAUUCGCCCAGAGAAAAAGAGAAACUCGUCUUGUGCAAAGUGCUUGCCAUUUCUUACACUUUGCAGUGAUCAGUUCCUCAUUCUUCAACUCUCAGCUGGCGUAAGGCAUUUGAUUGGAAUGGUCGAAAUUUUUUGAUGUUUCUUACCGGUAGCACGAUCAGAUUCUUCACUGAAUCUGACUGACAGUUUAGAGUAGAGGUUACAUUUAAGUAUACAAAUUCGUAUUUCAUCCCCAGAUCCAUCGCUGAGUGGCUCUUCAAUUGCACUUCUGGAAAGGUGAAAGUUGAAAAAUGCUGCGGUUAAGGGCUUUCCGGCCGACAAAUGAUAAGAUAGUGAAGAUUCAUAUGCACCCGACGCAUCCAUGGAUCGUGACUGCGGAUGCAUCGGAUCACGUUUCCGUUUGGAAUUGGGAGCACCGCCAGGUCAUUUAUGAGCUGAAGGCUGGUGGUGUUGAUGAGAGGCGUUUGGUCGGAGCAAAGCUCGAAAAGCUUGCCGAGGGUGAAUCAGAGUCUAGAGGGAAACCAACAGAAGCCAUACGGGGUGGGAGUGUUAAGCAGGUCAGCUUUUAUGAUGAUGACGUGCGCUUUUGGCAACUUUGGCGCAACCGUUCUGCCGCUGCUGAGGCUCCAACAGCUGUCAGUAAUGUCACUUCUGCUUUUAGUUCUCCUGCCCCAUCAACAAAAGGAAGACAUUUUCUUGUCAUAUGUUGUGAGAACAAAGCCAUAUUUUUGGAUUUGGUGACAAUGCGUGGCCGUGAUGUACCAAAGCAGGACCUUGACAAUAAACCACUUCUUUGUAUGGAGUUCCUCUCAAGAUCAAAUGGUGGUGAGGGCCCUCUUGUGGCUUUUGGUGGGUCAGAUGGUGUGAUUAGAGUUCUCUCAAUGAUUACAUGGAAGAUUGCUCGAAGAUACACUGGAGGUCACAAGGGAGCAAUUUCUUGCCUGAUGACUUUUGUGGCAGCAUCUGGCGAGGCACUUUUGGUUUCCGGUGGUAGUGAUAGUUUGCUUAUACUUUGGAGUGCAGACCAUGCUCAUGAUCAUCGAGAACUUGUGCCUAAGCUGAGUUUGAAGGCUCAUGAUGGUGGUGUUAUUGCUGUGGAGCUUUCUAGAGUGAUGGGUAGUGCCCCCCAACUUAUUACAAUUGGUGCUGAUAAAACAUUAGCAAUAUGGGACACAAUUUCAUUCAAGGAAUUACGCAGAAUAAAACCAGUUUCAAAACUGACUUGCCAUAGUGUGGCGUCUUGGUGCCACCCUCGGGCUCCAAACCUUGAUAUCCUGACAUGUGUUAAAGAUUCCCAUAUUUGGGCUAUUGAACACCCCACUUAUUCAGCUCUUACAAGGCCUUUAUGUGAACUUUCUUCACUAGUCCCUCCUCAACUACUUGCUUCGCAUAAGAAGCUCAGAGUAUACUCUAUGGUUGCACAUGCUCUGCAGCCUCAUCUUGUUGCUACUGGAACCAAUAUAGGUGUCAUUUUGUGUGAAUUUGAUUCCCGAUCUCUUCCACCUGUAGCUCCACUGCCAACACCUCCUGGAAGUCGUGAGCAUACAGCUAUCUAUGUAGUUGAAAGGGAAUUGAAGCUGCUGCAAUUUCAGUUGUCUAAUGCUGCUAGUCCAGCCCUUGGAAGUAAUGGAUCUUUGAGUGACACAGGAAGGUUCAGGGUAGACACCCCUGAACAGCUCUUUGUUAAGCAAACUAAGAAGCAUAUUACUACUCCAGUUCCACAUGAUUCAUACUCAGUUCUUUCUGUAAGCAGUUCGGGAAAGUAUGUGGCAAUUGUAUGGCCUGAUAUCCCUUACUUUGCAAUCUACAAGGUAAGUGAUUGGUCAAUAGUUGAUUCUGGCAGUGCAAGACUAUUGGCAUGGGACACUUGUCGGGAUAGAUUUGCUUUACUGGAAUCUGCACUACCUCCAAGGAUGCCUAUCAUUCCUAAAGGUGGUUCAUCUAGAAAAGCUAAGGAAGCUGCUGCAGCUGCGGCACAAGCUGCAGCUGCAGCUGCUUCUGCUGCUUCAUCUGCCUCUAUUCAAGCCCGUAUCUUACUGGAUGAUGGGACCUCAAAUGUGCUAAUGAGGUCAGUGGGCACGCGCAGUGAACCAGUUAUUGGUUUGCAUGGAGGUGCACUACUUGGUGUUGCCUAUCGAACUUCUCGGAGGAUUAGUCCUGCUGCUGCUACAGCAAUUUCAACAAUUCAAUCCAUGCCGUUGUCCGGAUUUGGAAAUGGUGCUGUUUCUUCAUUUAACACUUUUGAUGACGGUUUUGCUUCUCAGCGAACGUCAACUGAAGUGGCUGCACAGAAUUUCCAAUUAUACAGCUGGGAAACAUUUCAGCCAGUUGGUGAUCUUCUUCCUCAACCUGAAUGGACAGCAUGGGAUCAAACAGUUGAAUAUUGUGCUUUUGCUUAUCCUCAAAACAUUGUCAUAUCUUCUUUGCGUCCACAGUUUAGGUGCCUGGGAGAUGUGGCAAUUCCACAUGCUACUGGGGCUGUUUGGCAACGAAGGCAGUUAUUUGUUGCUACACCAACUACUAUUGAGUGUGUAUUUGUGGAUGCUGGUGUUGCACCUAUUGACAUAGAAACAAAACGCAGAAAAGAGGAGAUGCAACAGAAGGAAUUGCAGGCAAGGGCUGUCGCUGAACAUGGAGAACUAGCGUUAAUAACUGUUGAAAGUAAGCAAACUACUUCUCAAGAGAGGAUAGCAUUAAGACCUCCCAUGCUACAGGUUGUCCGGUUAGCUUCUUUUCAGCAUGCACCCUCUGUGCCUCCAUUCUUGUUGCCUAAGCAAUCCAAGGUUGACGGCGAUGAAUCAGGGAUGCCUACUGAAGAGAGGAGAGUUAAUGAGGUUGCUGUAGGUGGUGGUGGGGUUGCAGUUGCUGUCACUCGUUUUCCAGCAGAGCAAAAAAGACCAGUUGGACCUCUCGUCAUUGUGGGUGUCAGGGAUGGUGUUUUAUGGCUUGUGGAUAGAUAUAUGUGCGCUCAUGCAAUAUCCCUCAGUCAUCCAGGUAUUCGUUGCCGCUGUCUUGCAGCUUAUGGGGACUCUGUUAGUGCAGUAAAAUGGGCAGUUCGACUUGGUAGGGAGCAUCAUGAUGACUUGGCACAAUUUAUGCUUGGGAUGGGUUAUGCUACUGAAGCACUUCACUUGCCUGGAAUAUCUAAAAGGUUGGAGUUUGAUCUGGCCAUGCAAAGCAAUGAUUUAAGAAGAGCACUUCAGUGUCUUCUAACAAUGAGCAACAGCAGAGAUAUAGGUCAAGAAGCUCUUGGUUUGAAUCUGAAUGAUAUUAUGAACAUGACCGAAAAGAAGGAAAACGUUGUGGAUGCUGUUCAAGGAGUAGUUAAAUUUGCCAAUGAGUUUAUGGAUCUUAUUGACGCUGCAGAUGCUACCGGGCAAGCUGACAUUGCUCGUGAAGCUCUUAAAAGAUUAGCAGCUGCUGGUGCAGUGAAGGGAGCUUUACAAGGUAAGGAGUUGAGAGGAGUUGCUUUGAGGCUAGCAAAUCAUGGGGAGUUGACACGACUCGGUAAUUUGGCAAACAACUUGAUAUCAGUUGGUUCUGGACGAGAAGCAGCAUUUGCUGCUGCACUUUUGGGUGACAAUGUUCUAAUGGAGAAAGCAUGGCAGGAAACGGGGAUGCUUGCAGAAGCUGUUCUUCAUGCUCAUGCUCAUGGACGACCUUCAUUGAGGUCACUGGUUCAAUCAUGGAACAAAACGUUGCAGAAAGAAAUGGAGCAUAUUUUAUCAACAAAAACUGAUGCUGCUGCUGCUUUCUUAGCCUCUCUUGAGGAACCCAAGCUCACGAGUUUGGCAGACGCAGCGAAAAAGCCUCCAAUUGAAAUUCUGCCGCCUGGAAUGGCAUCCCUGUAUGGUCCAAAUCCUGGUCAAACAAAGACUCCCAACAAGCAGGGCUUGCUACAGAAGCCAGAUAAACCAUUAUUAUUAGAAGGAUCUAAAACCACACCGCCAAAUGCUGCAACAGUUCCGCAAGAAAAUGGCACUGCACCAACAUCAGAACCGGGUGUCACACCUAACCCAGAAGCAGCAGCAGCAGGGGCUUCUAUACCUGAAUCAGACACUCCUUCAGUGUCCGCCUCCAAUGCUCCACCGCCAGAACCUGGUGCUGCACAGCCUGCGCCACCGACGCCGGAUGCUGCUCCACAACCACCAGAAUCAAUCGAGGUCGCCCCAGAAUCAAGUUCACCUGCACCUAUAGAAUUGAACCAACAAGCCUCCGAUAAUCAGGCUAUAGCCACAUCGCCAUUGGGUACAUCUGAUCCUUUGUUAAUUGCAACUGGACAGAAUGUUCCAUCAACAUCUAAUAGUAUUCCAUCCUCAGUUGAGGUGGGCUCCCAGCCCCAGCAGCCAGAUAACAAGGGAAGGGGCAUUUUAGAUGAGCUUCAAAUGAUUGACUUUUCUUGACAGGAUAGAUUCAGUGACCCCAAGCUUUAUUUACAUCCAUACUUUUCAUACUGAGGUCAGCAGUUGGUGUGUCAAGUUUUGUGUUUGUAUAUUAGUAAAGAGCAUUCUAACAUUCUUUUUGGGGUUAUCGUGUGCCACAGUUACACUAGUUAUGUUGCAUGUAAUCUUCAGUUACUGGAAAUUUGUUGUGUAUGAGCCUUUUAUCCGAGUUAUUUUUGAUGCCGAUUAUUAUAUACGGA